UCCAGAGGCACUCGGCAGACGUUGCACGCAGGGAGCCACGGACCGGACACGCCAUGGACGUGGAACACGGCGUGCGGGUGCUGGCCGAGCGACCGGCCGAAGAUUUUGAGCCCACUGAGGAAGAGGUGAAGAACUAUGCUGAGUGGUUGGGAUUGGACCCCAAGGAGGAUGCGGACUUGAUGCAUUUAGCACGAGAAGGUCUGAAAGCGCCACUUUCAGAAGGUUGGAAGCCUUGCACCAAUGCAGAAAACGAGAUUUUCUACUUCAACUUCCAGACAGGUGCAACAUCAUGGACGCAUCCUGCAGAUGAAGAGUACCGAAACAAGGUACAAGAUCUGAAAAAUGCGAGAAAUGGGAAGCCAAAUCUCCAGAACAUUGUGCAUGCGCCGUACAGCGGAGUCGGCCACAGACCCGUGCUGGGUCAAUCCUUGGGCAUUUGCGAUUUCCUGAGAAGGAUUCUUUGUUGUCGCCGUCGUGCACGAGUGCAUUGCCACUGAGAGCGGGUGGCAGAUAAGGUGCCGUUUGAUUCAUGUAUACAGUAUUCUCACAGGGCUUGCGGGGCCCGACAGAGUCGACAUUCUUGGGCCAACUGGCC